UUAAUGGCAGAGGGUUUCCAGACUCUUCCCCUGUUUUGCCUCUUAUUUGACAGUUCACCAUUUUGAGAGAAUGUCCUACAAGUAGACCUUUCACCAUCAACAAUCUACUGUGCCAUCUUGAUUAUGAACAUUUUCAGCAUGCUAGUUCAUUACUUCAUUUUGAUCCUAUUCCUGUUCACACAUUAUUAUAAUAGUAUUGUAUAGUCAGAUUUUGAUCCAACUCGCCAUUAGGCUACGUAGACUUUCGAUGCAAACUCCAUAAUAUCCUCGAAAUUUCUUUGAUAUCCAAGAGCACUAGUCCAUAUCUUUGCCUCAAUGUUGAUAAUAUGUUGUUCCCAUCUGUGUUUCUAUAUGUUCAGAAUCUCAAGUUAAGUAUGUUAUUACAUCUAUGACAGGAACUCAUCAAUUAGCCAUGAGUUCUUACUUAUCCUUGUCCAUGGUGCUCCUACUCUUUAUUUUUCUCAUACCCUUUGCUUUAUUGCUCUUGAUGAAGCAAAGGAAGCAAAAUGUUCAAGCAAAGAGGUUGCCUCCUGGUCCUAGAAGGCUACCUGUAAUUGGGAACCUUCACCAUCUUUCUGAUGAUUUACCUCAUUGUGCCCUUGAAAACCUUUCCAGUCAGUACGGACCGAUCAUGUUCUUGCAAUUAGGCUCAAGAUCUACUUUAGUAGUCUCUUCAGCCGAAAUGGCAAGAGAGGUUUUCAAAACACAUGACCUCAUUUUUUCAGGUAGACCAGAUUUCUUGUAUGUUGCAAAGAGGCUUAGCUAUGACUCCAGUCUAUCAUUUUCUCCCAUUGGUAAGUAUUGGAGGGAGGUUAGAAAGAUUGUGAUCUUGGAACUACUUAGUGCAAAGCGGAUUCAAAUGUUUCGUUCUGUGAGAGAUGAAGAGGUUGGACAUAUGAUUGAUGACGUAGCUCACACUUCUAAUGGUCUCAUCAAUCUCAAUGAACUGACACAUUUUUUAUCCAACAGUGUCUUGUGCCGCUCGGCUUUUGGCAAAAAGUAUGAUGGUGCUGGAGGUGUUAUUAGCAAGAACAGAAUUCUUGAAUUGCUAGAAGAGGCAAUGAACUUGUUGGGAGGGUUCUGCAUAUCGGAUUUUCUGCCAUGGAUGGGUUGGCUAAACAAGUUCAAUGGUCUUGAAAAAAGGGUAGACAAGUGUUUUAAAGGGUUGGACAGUUUCUAUGACAAAGUGAUUGAGGAACACCUUGACCCAAAAAGGCCUAUUCCGGAGCAUGAAGAUCUUGUCGAUGUGCUACUUCGAGUUCAGAAAGAUCCAAGUCAAGCACUAGCACUUACUAACGAGCAAAUCAAGGGUGUCAUCACUGACAUAUUUAUUGCAGGGACUGACACAUCCUUAGCCACAGUGGUAUGGACAAUGGCUGAGCUGAUCAGGAAUCCCUUAGUGAUGAGGAAAGCGCAAGAUGACGUGAGAGGAGUCGUCAAGGCAAAAGGGAAGGUGGAAGAAAGUGAUCUUUCUGAACUCAUGUACCUAAAGGUAGUUAUCAAAGAAAGUUUUAGACUACAUCCGCCAGCGCCAUCACUAGUUCCAAGAGUAACUACAGAGAGUUGCACAAUUGAAGGGUACGAAAUUCCUGCCAAAACAAUGGUGUUUAUUCUUGCAAAAAUGAUUGGAAGGGAUUGGGAGAAUCCAAAUGAAUUCUUCCCUGAAAGAUUCUUGGACAGCUCAAUUGACUACAAGGGAAACCAUUUUGAGCUUUUGCCAUUCGGGGCAGGAAGGAGGGGUUGUCCUGGUAUGAACUUUGCUAUGCAGCUAGUUGAGCUUACACUAGCUAAUCUGCUGUAUCGUUUUGACUGGGAAUUGCCUAAUGGGAUGAAAAAAGAAGAUUUGAACAUGGAAGAAGCUGCUGGGAUUACAGUGCAGAAGAAAGUUCCUUUAUGUCUAGCAGCUACACCAGUACAUCUAUGAGCUAAUACAAAGACCUACAUAUCUUUG